AACCCCCUAGCUUUGUAUUUCGAAAUUAUGGUGUACUCGCGAGAAAAUGGCUGUGCUCGAUAAAACUUACAACGGUUACAGGGUAUUUUGCGGUGAUUUAGGCAAUAACGUUGGAAAAUUCGAGUUAGAAAAUGAAUUUGAGCGUUACGGACCACUUUCUGAUGUGUGGGUUGCGAGGAAUCCACCAGGAUUUGCAUUCCUUGUGUUUCGGAAGUGUGACGAUGCGGAGCGAGCAGUCAAACAGUUGGAUGGACGCAUUGUUUGCGGCAGGCGAGUGAGGGUGCAGCAUGCUCGACCAUACGAACCACGGAGAAAGGCUGGGCCUGGAGGAAGAAGGAGAACUUCAAAUAACCAUGAUUAUGGAAGGGAUCGGUCACGUGGAGGAGCUGGGGGAAGUCGAAGGCGUAGGAGAACAAGAAGCAGGUCUCACUCUUACGAAAGAAGCCGCAAGAGGAGGAAUUCUGGCUCAAGGUCCAGGUCACGAGACCGUACUCGCAAGUCGCGGGACAAGUCGUCUAAGCACCGGUCAAGCAGAAGAUCAAGGAGCCACUCCAAGGAUCAUAAACAUCAUUCAAGAUCACGGUCUCAUUCCAAGUUUCGUGAGAGUCAUUCAAAGUCAAGAUCAAAAUCACGUUCUAAGGAUCGCAAUCAUCGUUCACGAUCAAAGUCACAAGCUAAGGAGCGCAAUGGCAGAGAUCACAAAUCUCAUCUGAAGAAGAAGAAAAAGUCACGAUGCAGAUCUUGCUCAAAAUCAGAGCAGAAAGCCCUAUCUCGUUCACGAUCCCAUUCAUAAUGAUGAUAGAUGCAAAGUGGGUCAACUGGAGUAUAAGUGGAAAUAAAGUCAGUUUGUACCAACCUUUCCGAAGAUACCAGCUUGACAUUUGAUUCAACACUGCUGUAUAAUCUUAAACUCACGAUGUCGUUAUGAUGCCAUCAGUGGCGAUUAAUGACCCCCAGACUACACCAUGAAGCUUUCUGCAGUUCCGAUCAGAGAACUGCGAGACUGUCUGGAUGGCAAGAUAUCAAACCUUGAUAGGAUAUGUAAUUCCCACAGUAAUGCACAGAAAUCUCGAGCAGACACUACAAUGAUUUAAUCUUUGCCAGUCUCAUUCAUAUCACCAACAUCAUCACAAUUUCAGCUUUGAAUAUUUAUUUAUUUACAUAUAUUAAUGUUAUAAUGUGUACUGGUCAUUAAGAAAAGAUUUCUUCAUUGAAUUUUUAUCAUUUGAUAAUGUGAAGGCACCCUUAUCCAGAUAAAGCUUACGCUUGCAAUAUCCUGUUCCAACUUACUUUUUUUGACAAAUAUUAUGUAAAUGUUUCUUAGUGUAUUUCUAAGGGGAAAUGUAUCUGUGUGUACUUACGAGAUGUUAAUAGUCCCCAUACCUUUAUAGUUAUUCUUUCUAAUUUAUUCAGUCCAAGAACAUUUAUGCCAUUUAGAGAUAAUGAUCAUACUAUUUUUAUCUAUUCAGUCAAAGAACAUUUAUGCCAUUUCGUGACAAUGAUCAUACUAUUUUUGUUUUUGUUUUUUUGUUAUAAUGUAAACAUAUUGUUUGUAAAUGUACAUUGUACAUUGUAAAUGUACAUGGUACAUGUUGUGUAUUUUAUUGUUACCGGUAAUGUGCAAUCCACCAGAAGGAGGUGAACUGUACCCCAGGCUGAAUUGUCCUUAAAAUCAGAGUAAAAUCUACAAGUACCAGUAAGGGGUGUACUAUACCGUGGGCAAAGCUGUUUUUAAAUUUUAACUGAAAUCUACUAGUACGUGGCCAGGGGCUGGUUGCACGAUAAAGGUUUGUUCCUAACAUUCUCACCUUAUGCCUCUUGCCAAAGAUAUUGCUCCAUUUGGCUAAUAUGGUAAUAAACAAGAGUGACAGGCUUAGCAAUGAAGUUGUAUUCGUUUAAAAUCACGUAGUUGAGUCUUCAUGUAUCUUAAAAGUUAGACUUUGAGUUGGUGGUCUUGCUAGCUGAUGAACUAAAGCAUAAAAAUCAUUUCUGAUUUAAGAGUAAUAGUUUGUUUGACUUUAAUCUAUAUCUUUUUAUAUAUUUUUAGCUCAGCUGACGAAGUCAGCGGAGCUAUACUUACUAGUCAAAUAGUUGUUCGAGUGGUGUCUCUCCUUCCAUCCAUUCAUCUGUGGACACAUUGGGCAUUUUGUAACCGUAAGGCACCUAUUCCAUAGAGGUAUACGGUAUACUACACUAUACGCGAACAAUGGCUUCACAAAGGGUGCAUGACCAUGAAACUAUUGUUCGCGUAUAGUGUAGUAUAGGGUAUAGCUCUAUGGAAUAGGUGCCUAAGACCUAGGCACUUCAAAUCUGGCCAUCAUAAAGAACAGCCCAUGAUAUGCUGCUGCUGACAGAAAAUUCAGCGCGAUUCGGCUAAAAUUUAGCUCGAGGAUUAAUGUGACGAAACUGUAAGGGCAUUUUCUGUCACUGAAUCGGAAUGCCUGACGUUUUCCACUCUGGCAUUCCUUCACUUCAUUUCUCCUGUGGUUUAAUGGUAUACAUAGUUGACCUACAUGUGAAUAUAACAAACAAAACAAAUAAGUGCAAAAAUCUUUUCGAGGAGACUUUAAUGUAUACAUGAUGCGGAUAUCUCAAUAACCUGUUAAUAAAUUCGAUGUUGAUAGUGACCUACCAGGUACUUUCUAUGUUGUUUACAUUGACUUCAGCUGAGUUCCAGGCACUUGGACCUCUUGUUGUUCAUAUUCUAUUUACAUUUAGGCAAAUAACAGUGUCGUGUCUUUUUUAAUGAAAUUAAAGCACAUAAGAUGGAAAGCAUG